UUGUUUAUUUGGAAGUAAGUUGAUCUUCUAACAUUCAUAAUUGUACGAAAAAUUCUAUCAAGUUUUGGUUUCGACCAAUUAGAGAAUCGAUGAAAAAAUCCAAAUGAUUUCUUGUUCACUAUUCAAUGUAUAUUUUCAAUAUUUUCAGACCUACGAUAGAUCUGGGAUUCAAUGAAGGAUACACAACUAAAGAUGCUCCGUCAGUUACAGAAAUGAGAAAACAAAUGGAAUUCUUUGGGAACCAAGUAAGUUCCUUAUGUCACAAACCAUUGAAUGAAAAAAGCAAUGUUUGAAUGAUCCUCAAACAAGAAUAUUUUCAAAUGAUUUUUUAAUUUUUCAAAAAAAAAGUAUUUUCUCAAAAAAUUCGUUUAAAUAAUUAUCCAAAGUGAUAUUUCUAGACUGAAUUGGAAACACAAAUAAGAAAAAGAAAUGAAUUAAUUUUAAAAACGCAGUGCCUCUCUGCUGGACCUUAAGUAUAAAACCUAAAUCUAACCUAACCUAGGCGCGAAAAAAGAUGAAAAUAGGAAAAACAAAAUAAUAAGGAAGUCUUUAGGUGAUUAUAAAAUGAAAUUAAUGAAACUAUGAAGAGAAAUGGGGGACGCAAGUUAUUAGAGAAGUAGAGUAGGUGAGAGAGUGUGGAAAAUGAAGAAAUAAUUAGUGAGAGGAAGAAGACAUUUAUUCAAAAUAAUAUAUUUUGUAAAAGGAAACUAUUGAUCGAGUCAAAAAAAUGUGGUAGGUUUUCAAAAGAUUUUUCUUUGGGAUCGAAUCGGUAUUUUUUUGGAUGUUCAUUUUAUGAAAAUAAUUGAUGGUUUGUUGUUCUAUGAAUCAUUGUUGAAAUCCGUUUUUUUUACGAAUUCAACAUUUAGGGUUUUAGUUUCUAAUUGCAUUUUUUCAGGGUAAACCGUGGUACAUGGCUCUUUUUGCAACUCCAACAAGUCCAAAUGGAACAACACAUGAUUAUCCUUUAUUUCCAAUCAUCGAAGAUGUCUACAAGGUUUGUAUUCCUUUUUCUCGCUGUUCAUAAAAAAUAAAAUUUCAGAGAAUCAAAAAUCUUACCUUGCGACACGAUGAAAUUACUCAAAAAGAUAUCACAUAUCUUGAUCUUUGCGGUGAAACGUGUAACUUGAACGAUAUGUUAUUCACAACAUAUGAAAAAAUAUUUUUCACUUUGGUUUACCCGGUAACUCAUAUUUUGAAAUACCAUUCAAAUAUUGGAAAACACUUUUAUGACGUUAAAACAUCAGAGGUACGUUUGACAAAAUAAAGAAACUAUAUUAAAACCCUUGUUUGUUUCUAGAGUGGAGAUAUGAUUCAAUCAAAUUAUACAAUGUUGGUAUUUAUGGCAUUUAGUGAUGAUGUACAAGUUCAAAAAGAUUUGGCACUUUUUGAAAGAACUGCUUUAAAAUAUGUGGAUGAGUAUAACUCAAAUAAAAAUGCGGCUGUCCGUUUUAUUGUGCAUGGCGAAGCUGGGAUGUCGGUUAGUUGAAACAAAAUAAACUUCGCAAUUCUGAAACUAAUAAAUAGCCAUUCUAAAUUUGAAUAAUUUUUGUUGAAUUCAACCAAAGUAAAUAUUUUCAGGAAGCAAUUGCCGGAGGAAUGAAGGAUGCUGGUCUCUUUCUGUUAUAUGGAAUCAUUCUUGCAUCGAUUCUUCUUUUCUGUGUCUUCAUUACAUUCAGUAAAAUAUUCGAUCAAUUGAGAUGCGAAUUGUGAGUUGAUUUUUUACGAGCUGAAAGUUUCAAGAACUUUAAUCUUGAAUUCUAAUUUUCAAAAAUUCAAGUGAACUAUGAAUAGCAAGAAAUCACCUGACCUUGAAAUGCGAAAAGACAUCUCGGGAAAUAAUAUAUAAGUAGAUGAAUAUGUUUUCAGCACACCACUCAUCUGGGUUUUCGCUUUCAUCACUCCAAUUGGAAGUUUCAUAACAUCUCUUGCCAUUUAUAAUUUAUUAUCCUACCAGAUAUCAAUUAUUGUGCUAGUUGCACCAUUCCUUGCUCUUAUGUAUUCAUUUGACACAAUAAUUAUGUUGUCACAUACAUGGCUCAGCGAUACUGAACUUCGUCGAGAUGCUCCAGCUGAACAUCUUCGAGAAGUUUUUGCAACUUGUAUGCCAUCAAUUUUUGUCACUUCUACAACUGCAAUUGGAUUCUUGUUCUGUGCUUGGCUACCGAUUCCUCAUUUUGCUUCAUUUUCAGUGUUAAUUGGAUUAAUAUUGAUUUCAACUGUUUUCUUUACGGUGAGAAAUUACCUAUUCAUCAUCCAUUUUUAAUCAAUUUUCCAUUUUCAGAUGUUUUUAUUUGCUCCAAUCCUCAUGGUUUUAGCCCCAGCUAAAUCAUUUUUACCGGUUGCCACAAAUACUCAAGAUUUUUCAAGAACUUCUUUCAAUAAUCCAACAAGUAGUUGUUCACGUGAGUUCCAAUAAUUUCAUUAUUUGAAAAAAUAACAAUAAUUUCAGAUGGAAUUUGUGAAGUGAUUGCUAGUUCACCGAAAUUGAAAAUAUUUGCAAUUAUAUUCCUUGUUUUAUCGAUUGCUAUUACAUUUUAUUUCACCGAUGUUAGUUUUGGCAGUAGAAGUUCUAGAAAAAAAUGAAUUUAUUUCCAGAUCAAAGGAAAUCUUGACUAUCGUCAACUUCUUCCAAAAGAUUCUCCAAGAAAUGAAGGAGUUCAUCUAAUGUCCGAUAUUGUUUGGCCUCAAUUUUUCUCGAUUCUCUUUUUCAUCACAAAACCUCCAAAUUUUUCUGAUCCUGUUGAAUAUGGCCAAUAUAAAUCAUUGAUCGCUGAAAUUGGAAAUAUCAGCAAUAAAAUGGAUAAUUCCACAGAUAUGACAUGGAUUAACGAUUUCAGCACAUUUAUGAAUAGUGAUCCCAGUGUCGAAUGUGAGUUUAAAUUGUUUGGGAACUGAAUGUGAUGAAUAGUCGAUAGUUAUCAUCUCUAGAUAAUUGCUGCUAUGUUUGAAGUUUAAAAAAAUUCUUCAAUUUUUGGAUUUUGAAAAAAACAUUUAAGAAAUGGAAGAGCUAGAAGACCAUUCUCUAUUAAGCUAAAAAAAAUAGCCUAAAUUAUUUUCUAGGUCAAUCGCAAACAUUUCCAGCUAAAAUAUGCCGGGGGUUUGGGACGGACCGCAAAAAUGGGUAGAGAAUAUUUCAUAGUCCCCCAAUUCCACCCAAUUUCUUCACUAGGAUUUUUUCAACAUAUUUGAGUUAUCUAGAAAUACAUAUUUUUCACUUUUUAUCCACGGCUAAUAAUUUUUUUCUAGGCUAUUCAAUUCAAACGUGAUUUUCAACAAUCAUAAACAUUUUUCAGCCCUGAACAUGACCGGAUUUCCAAAUUUCAUGAAUGAUGCGAUUUACGGCAAUUGGAAGGCAGGAGUAAAAUAUACAACUGAUUUGGAGUAAGAGUUUUUUUUCUUUUUGAAAUUGAUUUUCACACACAAUUUCAGGGGCGGAACAACUAUAACAAACAUGGUUCACAUUGUGACAUUCAAAAAUACAACAAGUCUCGCUGAUAAAGUGGAAUUAUUCCGAAUAUGUAGAUCAAUCACAAGAAAAUAUCCACAAUUUGAAGCAUAUCCAUUUGAUACUGAAGUCGGAUUUGCAGAUGUUAUUGAACAAACAACAAGCGUCAUAAUUUUGUAAGUUUUUAUCAAAAAAGGCAUUUCAAAUUUUCUGCAGACUUGAAGGUUCUCGAUGACACAAAAAAUAUGAUUAUAUUUUCAGCGUUCCAAUUGCUGCAUAUUUCACAAUGUUCCUUGGAGGUUUUAUUUUUAUUGGUAAUUUUGCUGUAACUGCAACACACACUUUCAUCUGCUUGUUUAUUUACUGUGGAGCGGUCUCAAUUCCAGUAAUGUUUGGACUAUACAUCAAUCCAUUUACUGCGGCAUUCUGUCUCAUUAUUGCUGCAAUCGCGCCAAAAUACACAACACACUUCAGUUAUUUCUUCCAACAGGUGUGGAAUUUUAAAAAUAUUCUUGAAGCUUCUCUAGUGCACAGUUCUCUAACUUUGCUUUAUAACUCAGAGCUACAUGUCUCAAAAUCUUUUUUCAACGAAUAUUUUUCAGGCUAUCCGAACUAACGCAAAAGCUGAGCGAAAAGACCGAGUCUACGAAACUUUGAGAAAAUCAUUCAUUCCAGUUUUUAUGGUAUGUUUUCUUUGAUCCUAAGAACAUAUGAUACAUAUUAUGUUUUUUUCAGAGUUUUUUAUGUUCAACAAUGCUUUUUAUUCCGGUAACAGUGAGCCCAAUCGAAAUUUUCCGUGAAAUGGCAUUUUACAAUCUCUCACUUUCAAUUUGUGGUUUUGUUUUCUCGUUUUUCUUUCUUCAAAUUUUGUUGAAUGCCAUCCCAGCUCAAUUGACCGGUACUCAUUUCUUGUUGUCAACUCCAAAUUAG